UUUUAAGUCCAACUCUGUGAAUGCUAAGCCUGAGUUGAAGUUUGGAACAAAGUCUAAGGAAGAUGGCAACAAGCAGUGGUGCUCCUUUAAAUGCAGAGCUUCUCAAGGCGUCUAAGAUUAUCCCUGAUGUUAUUGAUGAAGUGGGGGAAAGAUUUUUGGACCUGAGAGUCCUGUACAGAGAUCAUAUAGAGGUUUCAAGUGGUGUGGCCAUGAGAGUGCAGCAAACCCACCAAAAACCAAGGGUAGAAAUGAGGGGCUAUCCCUUUGGCUCAGAAGAUCUGUAUACCAUUAUCAUGGUGGACCCAGAUGCCCCUACUCCCAAGGACCCUGCCUUCAGGUGCUACUUGCAUUGGCUUGUGGUCAACAUUCCUGGUGAAACACCACCCACAACAGAGAUAUGGGAUACAGGAAAAGAGGUAGUGCCUUACGUAGGUCCAGACCCUCCUCUAGGCUCCCACCGUUAUGCUUUUCUUCUCUUCAAGCAGAAGGGAGAGAUCAAAGUGGAGCCCGUUGAGGAGAGGAAGUUUUUCAAUGUGAAGGAUUUUGUGAAGCAGCAUGAGCUGAGCCCUCCAAUGGGAGGGUCAUAUUUCUAUGCGAUGAAGGAUGAUCAACUUGAACACACAGGGAAUCAAUCUCCUUUCAUCACCCCCAAUCUGCCAGGUUGAUCAAACAUAAACAGCUAGGACUAUUUUGCAGUAUUAACCAGAAUUCUGUCAACAGUGUUUAAUAGAGCUUCAUUACGACCCGUUGUGAAGAAAACUGAGGAGUCUAAAAUCCUAUCACCAAUGGUGAAUAUGAACAAGUUUUUGGUGUUUCAUCAUGUUCUGUUGAUAGUUUGUAUAGCUACUACAUAGUUUUAAGUAGCUUCUAAUCCACAAACAAUUAAAUAUUGUUGAAUUACUAUAAACAAAGCUCACUAGCCCUUUUUCUUCA